AACACUGAACAGAUGCCAUCUACAACACAAAGCACACGAAACAAGCAAGAUGCUGAAGCAUUACAUGCAGACAAUAUGAGUGCAAAAUUUAGCUGUGAAAAUACGAUCAAUGACAGAGAAUGUUAUUUGGAUACAGGUCUUAAAGCACCAAAAGAUCGCGACGAGAAACGACAAUCCGGAAAAUCCCAGCGGCGCAAGACCAAUGUAAUGGGCAGUGAUCGUUUCGGUAAAAAGGGAUUGCGGAGCAUGGAUGAUGAGUACGGGCCAGCCUUGGAGCUGGUAUUUUGGUCGUUGGCCAUGAACAAAGACAAAUUCCGUUUAGGCCAAUAA